GCAGUCGUCAUUGACCAUUGGCCAUUCGACAUUGUGCAACCUAUCACUCAGCACUGAACAUUCAGCGGUGACCUUUUAGCAUGCAUUCUGCAUCACCUAACCUACCGAACAGCAGCUAACAGAAGACAGCAAGAAUCACCUCAUAUACGAUCUAUUCUAUACCCAGUAAAGUUAAGUGUUCUGAAUCCUGUACCGUGUUUUUACUGACGCGCUGGAGCGAGUACAAUUCCCUGAUCAGCGCACACCAGAUCGUGAAAAUCCUUAUAUGGUCCUUCGAGGUAGAGAGGAAAACUUCCUAACAUUCGGUCCUUCAAGCCGGAUAGGAUAAACUUCCUAACAGGACUGGACACACUCAGGAUGGUCACCAUUCCGGAGUACUACACGGGCAAGAACGUGCUGAUCACGGGCGCUACAGGUUUCAUGGGCAAAGUGUUGCUGGAAAAGCUGCUCCGCUCCUGCCCCGGCACCAGACAGGCCUACGUGCUCGUGCGACCCAAAGCGGGUCAGUCUCCGAGCGCCCGCAUCGCAGACAUGAUCAACUGCAGGCUUUUCGACAGAUUAAGAGAAGAGCAGCCAGGUUUUGCGGAGAAGAUCGUGCCGGUAAACAGUGACCUCACGCAGCCCGAGUUAGACCUCAGCAAAGAAGACCAGGACACGCUGAAGGAGCGCAUCAACGUCGUCUUCCACUGCGCAGCCACCAUCCGAUUCAACGAGCCUCUCAAAGAUGCCAUGCAGCUGAACGUUCUGGCCACACAGAAGAUGCUGAAUCUGGCUCACGGGAUGAAACAUUUGGAGGUGUUUAUUCACAUCUCCACAGCAUACGCUAACUGUGACCGAGAGCUCAUUGAGGAGGUCGUCUACCCACCACCUGUCGACUACAAGAAGCUCAUUGACACGCUGGAGUGGAUGGAUGAUAAGCUGGUCAGUCUGAUGACCCCCAAGCUGCUCGGCGAGCGACCCAACACGUACACGUACACCAAAGCCCUGGCUGAGUACCUGGUCCAGGAGGAGUGUGGGAAUCUAAACGUGGCCAUUGUGCGGCCUUCUAUAGUAGGAGCCAGCUGGAAAGAGCCCUUUCCUGGAUGGAUUGAUAAUUUCAAUGGACCGAGUGGGAUAUUCAUUGCUGCGGGGAAAGGCAUCCUACGCACCAUGAGAGCCUCUAACAGCGCUGUGGCUGACCUCGUGCCGGUCGACGUGGUCAUAAACACAAUUCUGGCUGCUGCUUGGCACUCAGGCUCGCAGAAACACACCAGGCCAAAAAGUUUGUUGGUGUACAACUGCACGACCGGCGCAAUCAAUCCCUUUCACUGGGGUGAAGUCGAAUACCAUGUUAUAUCCACUUUCAAGAGGAACCCCCUCGAGCAAGCUAUCAGACGGCCCAAUGUAAAUCUCACAUCCAAUCAUCUAAUCAAUCAGUACUGGAUUGCUGUGAGCCACAAGGCGCCAGCAUUCCUCUAUGAUCUCUUCCUCAGGAUAACGGGACGGGAGCCCAGGAUGAUGAAGACGAUCACACGCCUUCACAAGGCCAUGAUGGUGCUGGAGUAUUUCACCAGCCACUCAUGGGAGUGGAACACGGACAACGUCACCAUGCUCAUGAACCAGCUUGGAGCUGAGGAUAAGAAGGUGUUCAACUUUGACGUCAGACAGUUGCACUGGGCCGAAUAUAUGGAGAAUUACUGCAUGGGAACGAAGCAGUAUGUGCUGAACGAGGAGUUAUCAGGCCUCCCUGCUGCACGCAAACACCUCAACAAGUUGCGCAACAUUCGCUACGUCUUCAACACGGUCCUGGUGGUCUUGAUCUGGCGCGUGUUCAUCGCACGCUCGCAGAUGGCGCGCAACAUCUGGUACUUCGUGGUCAACCUGUGCUUCAAGUUCCUGUCCUACUUCAGGGCAUCCAGCACUAUGAGAUACUGAACCUCCUUCUCUUUCUCAUCCUCUCCCUCUGUCCCGUACUCCCUUCUCUCCUUCUUUCGUCUUCUCUCUAUUUUCUACAAUAGCUAUGCAUACACUCCAGAGCGCCCCGGUUAGGGUCAGAUACUAAUGACUUGCUUCGUAGAAAACAGGGCGCGACAGGGUCCGAGACCAGGCCGUGCGCUGUAAACGAUUCUCCGUCAGAGAUUACGGUGGCACGCCAGCCCCCUACCCUCCGUCCCCCUCCGUCCCCCACGCCGAAUCAAGCCCAAGGCGGGAAAAUAGGGACGCGAUGUCUAGUUCACUGCUCGGUGCAUAUUUCCUGUUUUAUGAUACGCUCUUUAAGUCAGAUUACCUCGCCUGGUUAAUUAACUUCUUUUUUUUUUUUUAAUCAUUAAGUUAUUUAUAACUAUUUGAAAAGGUUGUGAUGGUGAUGUAGGUAACUCUCGUUGCUCUUUCACACAGACUCGCACGCGCGCACACACACACACACACACACACACACACACACACACACACACACACACACACUCAUUUUGCAUUUACCCAUAAUACAUUUCCAUGAUGAUGAUGAUACAGGAAGCUCUACCUGACCACAGACCACACACACACACACACACAUUGUGUGUGUGUGUGUGUGUGUGUGUGUGUGUAUAUAUAUAUAUAUAUAUAUAUAUAUAUAUAUAUACACACACACAACCUAUAGUUCCGGUUUCAUUCAUUCAAAUAUGUAGAUACCUGGAAUUACUAAUCAUUACAUCUUAUAUACGACUAUAUUUUUGUCCAGCAUUUAAUCACGUGACUUUUUCUCAGCGCUGUGAAAUGGGUAGUGUGAUUUACGGAACCUUUUUUUCUUCUUUCCAGAAUGUUCACGAUCCAAAUCGCCCAACUGCUCAAUUUAUGGACGCAAAACAAUAAAUUUUAUUUUUUUUUUUUAAGUUUUCGUGUAUCGCUUCGAUUUGAAUACCGAGCAUUUCUAGAGUCAGGGCCGAUUUACUUAUGAAGUAAACAGACUUCAGGAACUCUUAACGCACAGUUUACUCCGUUUACGCACGUUUCACCUUACUGGGCCCGGGCUCAGGUUUCUCUCGAACAGAAGCCGGCCCGAAGAUCGCCGUAACGAAGUCUGGCCAAAGUUUGAGCUUGGUGCUUUCCGUCUCGCAAAAUUAAAGCUCCCGUCGAUAUUCCUGCCGUUUGUAGAAUGUUUGCUUUUUCAUAACAGCAGCUGGGGAAACACUGCGACAGUCAGGCCCGAGCUCAAGAGGAAUUACACCUGGAGCGUAGAUUCGUAGGGUGCCGUUACUUUUGAAAGCGGGUCAGAAAUCAAUUUUUUUUUUUAUUGAGCGAUACGCAGCUACUAACAAACAUUAAUUCACAGCCAGAGGAAAUAAAAAAUUCGGGUUUUUUGACCUGAGCAUUUUAUAUAAUAAUUAGGAAACCUGACCUCCAACUGUGAGGACGAGAGCGAGAGAUGGAAAGUGCUUCUGAAAUGCAUCUGCAUUUCAAAUGAACACUGACAUCAAUUUCUCACCAUUAUGGAGAAACCCGAUGAUGACCUCGAGGUGGUUCACCGCCUCCUGUUUGACCACACGUUCUCCAGACUUGCAUCACAUCAUCGAUUUGAACCAUUUAUUGCCACUUUAUAAGGACAAAAGUAUUGGGACACGACUUUUCCAGCCAUCGAUGGUUCUCCCCAAUCUGUUACUACAAACUUGUCUUUGGAUGCAGUCGAAUGAAAUUUUCAACUAAGAGACCAAAACCUGUUCCCGUGCGACAGUGCACAAAGUUAGCUCAAUGAAGAUAUGCUUUACAUGGAUUGGAGUUAAAGAUCUCCUGCUGUAGAGCUUAAAACCUAUUGAACUCCAGGCCGUCUCACCUCACCUACAUCUUGACAUUACUAACACCCUGCUCAUGUGCCGUGUCUGCUGUACAGGAAUUACCAGUAAUUAUAGUAUCACGCUAGGAUGAACAUGUGGGUAUUAGGAAAAGGUGGAAGCUCAGUGGUUAAGGUUUUUGGUUUACUGAUCGGAAGGGCGGUGGUUCAAAACCCCGCAUCGACAAGCUGCCACUCAUGGGCCCAUUGAGCAAAGUAACACGGCUGAGCCCAGUGGUGUCCCAAUACUUUUGCUCAUACAGUAUAUAUCUCUUAAAGGAAAAAACUAUUGAGAUAUUAUAGGAAGAUAAGGACAUUAUAGGACGUUAAGGACAUUUUAUUUGUUCUUCACAAAAAUGUGUCUUUGGCUGAUGCAUUAGGUAGAGCAUCUUCUGGGCCCCUGAACAUGGCCCUUAACCCCAUUGCUGCUCAGUUGUAUGAAUGAGACAAGUGGAUAAGGGCAUCUGCCACAUGCCAUAAAUGUAGAUUAGGAUGGGAAGAAAUAUUACGUUGUGACGAAUGUAAACUUUAUAACGAGUGCAGAAAAAAAAAAUUUUCCGAAUCCAAACAAAUCCACGUCGAGUGAAAUUCCUGUAGGAUAAUCCACCAUCGCUCUUUCCCCGUCGCUCGGGUCGCGUCCUCGUUUCAAAGGCCGUCUCACAGCGGCGAUCUUCUCACAGCUCUCGCCCUCCUGCUGCUGAAGCACAUCUGAUCCCGAGGCCUCGACCAAGCCAACACACACUCAUCACCCUGUUCUGCCUUACCUCCGUGCUGUACGCUUUUCCCCCUGAACCUCACGUCAAAAAAAAGAAAUAAUCUAUCCUUCUCCUCCUGAUACUCUUGAUCAGGCUAUUUUUUUUUUUAUUGUUUCCUCUGAGAAUUAUUAAAUGCCACAGUUGAUGUCGAUGGGGGAGAAUACAAUGGGUGCCUUGUAUUUGUAAAAUAAAAAUGGAAUAAAUUAAAGACGUGAAUUGGGCCUGUCGUGUGUUGAAUCCGGUCCUUGGAAAGAAAAAAAAAAUGCUUUUAAUAGAGUUCUGAUUUUGGAAACAGUACAGCGUGAGAUACUGAAAGUGCCGUGACUGGAAUAGAUACCGGCGAGUUGAUCGGUCAUGUGCUUCACAUGCUUCAGCGGGAUUCAAUCCGAGCCUUGUGUACCUGCCAAAUGCCGUAUGUGUGUAUCGGGUUAGAUAACACUGACCUCUAGUGGAUUGAGGGUUUAAACAAUGUAACAGAAAAGUGAAGAACUAACAAAUAUUUGAAUAAAAACAUCAAAACCAA